AUGGCCGACGAGAAGCCGCACUGCAAGGUCGUCCUCGCGACCAACAUCGCGAAGAGCCUGCUUGAAGAAGUCCAGGACGGCCUGGCCAAGAUUGGCCGAAAGCCGCUCCUGGUCGGCUUCCUGUCGUCGACGGAUCCCGCGGCGAGAGUCUACGCGGAAUGGACGGGCAAGACGGCAAAUGAAAAUGGCUUCGCCUUCGAGCUGCGCGAAAUCGACCGAGAAGAACUCGAAGACGCGCUCCUCGACGCGAACAACGACGCCGCCGUCGACGGGAUAAUCGUCUAUUACCCCAUCUUCGGCAACCGCCAGGACCAGUACCUGCAGCAGAUUGUGUCCAUCGACAAAGACGUGGAAGGCCUCUCCCACCGCUACAUCUUCAACAUGUACCAGAACAUUCGCUUCCUCGACCAUGCGAACACGAAGAAGAGCAUCUUGCCCUGCACGCCGCUCGCCGUCAUCAAGAUUCUCGAAUACUUGCGCAUAUACAACACCAUUCUGCCGUACGGGAACAGGCUGCACGGCCGCACAGUGACGGUGAUAAACCGGAGCGAGGUCGUGGGGCGGCCGCUCGCUGCCCUGCUAGCCAACGACGGAGCAUGCGUAUACAGCGUGGACAUCAACGACGUCCAGCAGUUCACAAGAGGCGAGGGUCUGCGCAAGAGGAGGCACGAAGUCCACGAGAAGCCUGGCUGGACGCUAGAGAACUGCCUACCCAUCAGCGACGUGGUCAUCAGCGGCGUCCCGGGCGACAAGUACAAGGUUCCCGCGAACCUAUUAAGGGAUGGCGCCGUCUGCAUCAAUUUCUCCAGCGACAGAAACUUCAGUCCCGACGUUAAGGAGAAGGCGUCUAUCUAUGUGCCUGCGAUUGGCAAAGUGACCAUCGUGGUCCUCCUAAGAAACCUACUACGCAUCGUGCAGAACAAGAUCGACGCCGCGGCAGAAGCAUCACGGGAGAAUGUCUCGGAGGCGGUCCAGACAUCGGAGUCGUAG